GGCUCGGACAGGUCAGGUUCAGGCCGCGACUCUAUCCACUUCCCGGAGGCAAAAAUCUCCCCCAAAAUCCAAGGCGUGGUGGAAUCCUAAACCCCUCCUCCCCCGCCGCCGGCGGCCGCCGCAUGCUCGCAUGGCGCUCGUCUCCACCGCCACCGUCGCGUCAUCGUCCUACCACUGCGACCUCCUCCUCUUCCCGACGGCCAGGAGGAGCUGGCACGGGCCGAGGAGGAGCCGCGGCGGCGCGGGCGCGAGGCUCGCGGUGCUGGAGCGUGCAGGCACGGGCGGCGGGCUCGCGGUGCUGGAGCGUGCGGGCGCUGGCUCGGGCGCGGGGCUCGCGGCUUUGGAGCGGGCAGGGGCCGCCACGGCUGCCGCGAGGAGGGAGGAGGUGGUGCCCGCGGGGAAUGGCAGGAACUCGUACGAGGUGGAGUCGCUGAUCGACCGGCUGAGCAACCUGCCGCCGCGGGGCUCCAUCGCGCGCUGCCUCGAGACGGCGCGGCACCGGCUGACGCUGCAGGACUUCGCGGCCGUUUACCGCGAGUUCUCCCGCCGCGGCGACUGGCAGCGCUCGCUGCGGCUCUUCAAGUAUAUGCAGCGCCAGUCGUGGUGCCGCCCCGACGAGCACAUCCACGCCAUCGUCAUCGGUGUUCUCGGGCGCCAGGGCCCCGCCCUGCUCGACAAGUGCCUCGAGGUAUUCCACGACCUCCCCGCCGAGUCCCGCACCGCGCUCUCCUACACCUCCCUCAUCGCCGCCUACGCGCGCAACGCGCUGCACGAGGAGGCUCGCGCAUUGCUCGACCAGAUGAAGGCCGCGGGGGUCGCGCCCACCGCUGCCACCUACAACACCGUGCUCGCCGCCUGCGCACGCGCCACUGACCCACCCGUCCCUUUCGACAUGCUCCUCGGCCUCUUCGCUGAGAUGCGGCACGACGUGUCCCCCUCCGUGCGCCCCGACCUCACCACCUACAACACCCUCCUCGCCGCUGCCGCCGUACGCUCUCUGGCUGAUCAAUCUGAAAUGCUGCUGCGCACCAUGCUUGAGGCCGGCGUCUCCCCGGACACUGUGUCUUAUCGCCACAUUGUGGAUGCUUUUGCAAGUGCCGGCAACCUCUCCCGUGUCGCUGAGCUGUUCUCUGAAAUGAUGGCCACGGGGCACACGCCAGAUGCCUCUGCAUAUCUGGGACUCAUGGAGGCACACACGCAUGUUGGUGCCACGGCUGAGGCAGUUGCUGUGCUGCGGCAGAUGCAAGCUGAUGGAUGUGCGCCAACAGCUGCCACUUACCGUGUCCUGCUCGAUCUCUAUGGAAGGCAGGGACGGUUUGAUGGAGUGCGCGAACUCUUCCGUGAGAUGAGAACUGCUGUACCGCCAGAUACGGCCACAUAUAAUGUGCUCUUCCGUGUAUUCGGGGAUGGUGGCUUCUUCAAGGAGGUGGUGGAGCUCUUCCAUGAUAUGCUUCAAACUGGGGUAGAGCCUGAUAUGGUGACCUGUGAAAAUGUCAUGGCUGCGUGUGGUCGCGGUGGCCUCCAUGAGGAUGCAAGAGAAGUUCUUGAAUAUAUGUCCAGAGAAGGAAUGGUGCCUACUGCGGACGCCUAUACCGGCCUGGUUGAAGCUCUUGGCCAUGCGGCUAUGUAUGAGGAAGCCUACGUCGCUUUCAACAUGAUGACUGAAAUCGGUAGCUUGCCAACUAUUGAGACCUACAAUGCUCUUGCAAAUGCAUAUGCUAAGGGUGGGCUGUUCCAGGAGGCUGAGGCCAUCUUUUCUCGGAUGACUAACAAUGCUGGCAUUCAGAAAAACAAAGAUUCAUUUGAUGCCCUCAUUGAAGCAUAUUGCCAGGGUGCACAAUUGGAUGAUGCAGUGAAGGCGUACAUGGAGAUGCGCAAGUCCAGGUUUAAUCCAGAUGAGCGCUCCCUUGAGGGGGUACUCAAUGCGUACUGCAUAGCGGGGGUCAUAGAUGAGAGCAAAGAGCAGUUUGAAGAACUUCAAUCUAGUGUGGCUGUGCCCAGCAUUAUUGCCUAUUGCAUGAUGUUGUCACUAUAUGCUAGGAACGACAGGUGGACUGAUGCAUAUGAUCUGCUGGAAGAAAUGAAAACAAAUCGUGCUAGUAGUACGCAUCAAGUAAUUGCUUCCCUAAUCAAAGGGGAGUACGAUGAUAGCUCCAACUGGCAAAUGGUUGAAUAUGCCUUGGAAAACAGUACUUUGGAAGGCUGUGACUAUAGUAUACGAUUCUUUAAUGCUCUCCUUGAUGUGCUUUGGUGGUUUGGUCAGAAGGCCCGAGCUGCGAGGGUUCUGGAUCAAGCAGUAAAAUUUGGGCUCUUUCCUGAAUUAUAUCGUGACACCAAGCUGGUCUGGUCACUAGAUGUACAUAGGAUGUCGGUAGGUGGAGCACUGGUGGCUGUGUCAGUAUGGCUCAAUAAGCUUUAUGACAGACUAAAAGGAGAUGAAGAUCUUCCACAGUUGGCAUCUGUUGUUGUAUUGAGGGGAGAAAUGGAGAAAAGCACGAUUACAAGAGGACUGCCAACUGCAAAAGUUGUCUACUCCUUUCUAAAUGACACACUAUCAGCAUCCUUCCAUUUUCCAAAAUGGAAUAAGGGGCGAAUCAUAUGCCUGAAGUCCCAACUGAAAAAGUUGCAAUCAGCCAUAGAUUCCUCAAAUGGAUCUGCCACAGCUGGUUUCAUCCCCAUGACGAACUCCCAUUUGCCAUCACCUGGUUCCAAGAUAUAUACUAGGGAGGCCCAGGCUGAUAAUGGCACCGGCCAUUUACCUGACGAACCAUUGGUAGAGGAAAAGGAGUCAGAGCUUCUUGCAUUGUGAGUUUCCAGGAGCUGCUACCCUUCGCAUUAGCAAUCGUGAUGCCAUCAGUCUGAACAGGGGAGUUGAGAUGCAGAAUAACAGCCAUAUUUUUGGAGUUUGGGCAUUCAGAUCUUCAUCUCAGUACUAUGGCACGACCAUAUGCCUAUUUGCAUUGUGCAGUUUGCUUCAGGAAGUUCAGUAUAUGCAGUGGAUGUGGAUACCAUUUCAGAUCCACAUGGUUGCCUGAAUUUUGCCCGUAAAUGGUGAGCCCCUAGUUACUGCAAGCUUGACAGACAAUGCUGAACUUCCAGUUGCAUUUCAGGAUUUAGCUCGUUGUAGGGAGGAGAAUGAAUUUAUGGAUGUUUCUGUUAGUUGCUCACUUGCUCUGUAUAACAUCCAUGUACUCCUAGCGCAACUCUGUAAAACAUGAUAGCCUCGUUAGCCUGGUAAGGGACUGUUAGUGAGACAUGUCAAUUGUCGAUAAGUUCUGGAUCCUGAUGGAAAUAGUGCAUGUAGUGUGAUUUUACUCUUAAAAGGGCAAUUGCCACCUGAAUUUUUUUGUUGCCGUUUUUACGCUGCCGUUGCUUUGUUCAGACGAGGAAGAACUGGGAAAUCUUUCCACUGUCAUGUGGAGUAGCCCCUACAGAAGCCACUGGCGUGUGGGGCCAGACCUUUCGAUUUGUUACUCCAAACUACGCCUUCACCAGCCGUCGUUGCAACCGCGCAGGGUACUCAACCCAGGGAGCCACCACCUACCAGGGGCGGAAGCGACGGCGCCGCCGGAGAUGGAGACGGAGGCGGCUGCGGCGAGGCAGGCGAAGGAGUCUCUGGAGCUGGCGUUCCAGCUGUCCCAGAUCCUCGACACCGGCCUCGACCGCCACACUCUGUCGCUGCUCAUGGCGCUCUGCGACCGCGGCGCCAACCCCGAGGCCCUCGCCGCCCUCGUCCGCGAGCUCUCCUCCGCCGCUCCCCCGGCCGCCGCGGCGGCGGCCCCCUCUCCCAUGAGCAACGGCACCGCGUCGCCGGCCCCGGCAACAGCGUCGCUGUUCCCCUCCGGCCUUCGCCGUCCCUAGGGUUCUGUUAAAGACUGAAUGGAACAGAUUUCAUCAUUUGAAGAAAAGCAAAUUUACUGUUGGAAUUGCUGGAUGAAAAGGAGUGCCUUAGAAUUGCAUUCGCACUGUUGUGGCUGUUGUUUGGACAAGAAAUCUGUGGUACUGAUUCACAGAGCUACUGAAAUUGACGUAUGCUUCGCGGGACAUGUGCGGGUUAACAGUUGUGAUCAUAAGGAGUCAUUUUCUUUUCAUUUCUCAUUAGAAUUACGUCCAUCAGUUGUAUGUAUCAGUUUCACGCUUGGUCUUCCCUUAAUUAUCCUCAGUUUGACAAUACCGCACCCGGCAUUGUCAUGUGCU